UAGCCACAACUUCAUUACAUCACAUUCUGCAAAACAGUAACUUCAACUUGUACAACGUUUUACCUUUGCAUUUAUAACACAACACAAAAUAGCAAACACCCAUGUUCCACUUCUAUCCUCAUUCGUCACCAUCUUCUCCUUCUUCUUCAUGCUCUAGUCUUUUCUCUCACUCCAAAACCACCCCAUGAACACCCACACCUUCCUCUCUCUCCUCUUCCUCCUCUCCUCCACACAUGGGUUCGGAUCCAUGGGUCCAAUCUCAGCAGUUUUCGGCCCAAACGACUUCUUCUGCGCCAUUGACGCUAGUGGCAAACAAGAAGUCAUAUGUUGGGGUAAAAACACCGGUAACACCUCCUCCAGUUCCUCAGUUUUCGCCAUAGAUGUGCCUCCAAUGACUGCUCUCAACGGAGGUUAUGGUUACAUGUGUGGUAUAUUAGUUAACACUUCUUAUGUAUCUUGUUGGAACUCAAAAGGUUACAGGUCUGAUCUUGUUCCUCAAGUGUAUCAAUCUGUUCCUUAUUCUUAUAUUGCUUGUGGGAAAGAUCAUGUUUGUGGGAUUAGAGGAUCUUAUUAUUCGGAUACUGAUUCGGGUUCGGGUUAUGUUGAUUGUUGGGAUAUUGUUGAGACGUUAACCGGUUUCAGUUCGAAGCAAAGUGCAUUGUUUUAUAGUCAAGAGAUUAGUUCUGUUUCGUUUAAGAAACUUGUGUCUGGUGAUGGGUUUAGUUGUGGGAUUGUUGAAGAUGGUGGGGUUAAAUGUUGGGGACCGAAUGCGUCGAAUCUGGGUUCCGUCGUUUCGAAUGUGCAAGAUCGGGUUCUCGCUUUAGCAUCGGCGAAAACCUCGGUUUGCGUGGUUUUGGAAACUUCUGGUGAGGUUAAGUGUUGGGGGGAUUCAGUUUCGGAUACGGAUUCGGAUAGUGAUGUUUUAAAUCCUCCUGUCGGGACAUCUUUUGUCUCGUUGGCGACGGGUGAUCAGCAUUUUUGUGGGAUCAGAAGAGAUGAUCAUGGGAUUGAGUGUUGGGGGAAAGUUGAUUCCUCUUCUAUCCCGAAAGAUUCGGGGUUUUUGGCGAUCGCAUCGUCGGAUUCGAUCAUGUGUGGGAUAAGAGAAGAUGAUCUUGUUCUUGAUUGUUGGCUAGCAAAUGCAUCUUCACCAGAAGAUAUUGAUCCCCCUUUGCAGUUAUGCAGCCCGGGGUUAUGUACUCCGGGAUCUUGUGGCCCGGGGAAGUUCGCUUUCAACGCGAGUCUUCUCCACGAGCCCGAUUUGACUAGCUUGUGUGUUAGAAAAGAUCUGAGUAUUUGUUCUCCGUGCGGGUUCAAUUGCUCGAGCGGGUUCUUCCCCUCGAGUUCAUGUACCGAGAAUGCGGAUAGAGUAUGUACCGAUUGUUCGCUUUGUCAAAACAGUUCUUGUUGGGAAGUUUGCAAGCUCAAAUCUCACCAGCAUCAAGAUCACCGGUUACAUCAAUUGCAUAAACUGAUAGUCAUAAUCGGUUCAUCGAUUCUCGGGUUCUUGUUGAUCCUAAUCUUGUUAUGUUUAUCACUUCGGUUUUUUCCAACAAAGGGUAUACAAAAGAAACAAUUCGCAUCCUGCAUUGGUAAACCGGGGGAGAAAGAAACCGAUGCACCCGAUGUUAUACCAUCGGUGGUAUCGGUAGCACCAUGUCCCGGUCUAGCUCAGGUUUUCCGGCUCGUUGAGCUAAAAGACGCGACUAACGGGUUCAAAGAGUUUAAUGAGCUGGGACGUGGCAGCUACGGGUUCGUUUACAAGGCGGUGUUGGCGGAUGGCCGCCAUGUGGCGGUCAAACGCGCAAACGCCGCUACGAUAAUCCACACGAACAGUAGAGAAUUCGAAAUGGAGCUCGAGAUUCUUUGCAGUGUUCGGCAUAGUAAUGUGGUGAAUUUGUUGGGAUAUUGUGCCGAAAUGGGGGAAAGAUUGUUGGUAUACGAGCUCAUGCCGCACGGCACGCUUCACGAUCAUCUACAAGGUGGAUUUUCGCCGUUAAACUGGCCGUUACGGUUACGAAUCGCGAUGCAGGCAGCAAAGGGUCUAGAGUUUCUUCACACGGAAGUCAACCCCCCUAUCGCGCAUCGUGACGUCAAGAGUUCUAAUAUCCUACUAGACGCCGAUUGGUGUGCUAGAAUCUCCGAUUUCGGACUUUUAAGAAACGACGGUGAUGUGAUUCUCGACAUGAGAGACGACGUGUACAACUUCGGUAUUGUGUUGCUCGAACUACUUAGCGGCAGGAAAGCUAUCGAUCGAGACUGCACGCCUUCAAGCAUUGUCGAAUGGGCCGUGCCAUUGAUCAAACAAGGGAGGGCGGCUGCGAUCAUUGAUCGGGGUGUGGUGCUGCCGCGUGUGGUUGUACCGUUGUUGAAACUUGCUGACAUGGCGGAGGUUGCGGUGAGGGAGAAUCCGUGUGAGCGACCGUCGAUGGGUGAAGUAGCAAUGUUCUUGGAGCAACUUGUGAAAGAAGGUUUGAUUUUGUGAUUGAUUGUUGUUCAUUGAGAAAGUUUUUUAUUUAUUUUUGUGAGUUACAUGCUGCUCUUCUGCAACUGUAUAUUUGUUAUGAGCUGUUAUUAAAAUUGUAAUAAAGAUUGAUUUUCUAA